AUGGAGAAGGUGCAGGAGUCAAAGCAUCCCCUUGCUGUCCUAGAGCCUGGAGAGAAGAUCUUAAAGGACUUCCAGGUCCUGGUGGAAAAGGUUGGAGGGAAGCCUGAUGUGCUGCUGAUUGGAGAGGCACUGACAGGGGAUGAUACACGGGCUCUGAUGAAGGCUUUUGUCCAGGAACUGUUCCCAGACUCUCUCAAACCAAGCAACAGCCUGGACAUGGCUGUGACUCAGACACUGCCAGGGAUUGAGCCUGGUUCCAGCAAGAGCCAAUCCCAACUCGUUUUUUUCCUAUGCCGAGCUUCUUGCCUACAGAAUAAGCAGUCUGAGAUCCAGGAGGUCUUGAAGGAAGUAAAGAAGUAUACUUGCAAAGCCCCGGCUGCCUUGGUGGGAAUUGUCAUGCAGCCCAAAAAGAAUGAGGCGGCCCAAGCCCGGAAGCUAAUGGAGACCCUGCUCCGGGGAGUCUUCCCUAGGCAGCCACAUAACAGAAGGAGGCAGAGUAGCAAGCAGGGCCAGGAGAAGGAAAUAGAGCUGGAGGAAGUGCAGGUGGAAGUAGAGAUCUUCGUUCCAGGGCAGCCACGGGGGAAACUAGCCAUAAUGAAAGCUGCCUGCCGAGCUGCUGAGGCUCUGAAGCAGACAGGAUCUGCAGGUGUGAAGCAGGAUGGUCGGGAAGAGGGGAAUCUGAGAAAAAGGAUCUGGGAGCAUAGAGGGAAGUGCAUGGUAGAUUAGGGAAACACUGGGCUGACAAAAGCUAGUUACUGAGGUCAUUACUGUUUUAUUUCUAUUGGACAUUGUUUUUGCAUUAUUUUUGUAUAGAUGGGGGAUUCUCUAUGUUAAUGGAUAAACAAGGGUAAUUUGAGAUUUAGUUUCAUCUGCAAAACUGUUACACAUCAGCUAAUUAUCCUGUGUGGGGCUAGCUGCUCUUAGUACUCCAGUGUGGGGUCUCUAGGGCAUCCAUCUUCUCAUCUCAGUGUUGGGCCUCUGAGAGACAAGAUGUCUGUGAUGGGAGUCCUAUUCUUCACCUUUGGAAAACAUUCCACAUCUUGCCAUUACCAGGCCAGAAAUAUGAAUCUGGCAAAGAACUCCAUGCUUUAAAAGACAUUGAGCUGUCCUUUUGAUAUUUAGAAGGGACUGGAAGUUGUCUGUUUCUUAGCUCGUUGUCC